AUGGCGCCGCGCAUUGUGGACCCCGCUGUGAGCUGGGUGGCCGACACUCUGGAUUAUGAGCCACUGGCGGCCAUGCAGGCAGCCGUCAGGCAGGAUGGAGAUACAAUGUUGGCAAACGACACCAUGCAGCGGUUCCGGUAUGCCCGCAUCCUCAUCAAGAUUGUCAGCACCAUGCUGGCGGCGAUGGCCAUCGGCGCCACAGCCACAGCUCUGCAGGCGGCCAUUGAGGCGCUGGUGGGCUGGCGGAAUGCUGCCCUGCGGUUCUUCUUCGUCCGCAGCACACUCCAGGCGGGGGGGGGCAUAGUCUGGGUGAUGGCAUAUUUGAAUGGCAAUGACAUUCACGGCCUCUUCUCUCCCCUGGUCUUUGCCGUCAAGUUUGUCGGCAGCGUGGCGAUGAUGGGGGCCGGCAUGUGCCUGGGUGUGGAGGCGCCCAUGGUGCACCUGGGCUCCUGCAUCGCCUCCAUGGCCUCAAAUGCCGAUCGACGGCUGUGGGCGGUGCUGUCCCGGAAGCGCUGGUUGAUGGCAGUCAUCGCGGGUCGCGGUGCGCCUCUGCCCAAAGAUGAGGCAGGGCUGCAGCUGGUCACGGCGCCCUUCAACCCAAAGGACGUGGACCGGCGGGAGAUGAUCAGCGCCGGCGCGGCGGCGGGCAUCGCUGCAGCAUUCGUCUUCAUGGGCGCCCAGUUCAAUCCGUUUUCGGAGCGGGGGCUGCUGUCGGUGUCGCUCCAGGAGAUGACGCCCUGGGGGUGGCUGCAGGAGCUGCCGCUGCUGGCGGCAGUCAGCGUGGGCGGCGCCCUGCUUGGCGCUGCCUUCAACAAGCUGCGCCUGGCACUACGGCCGCUGAGGGCCAAGCCCAAGCGCCACGUGGCGCGCAUCCGCGAGGUGGUGGUGGUGGCUGCCCUCACCGUCUCCACCGUCGCGGCGCUGUCAGCAACAGUGGGCAGGUGCUUGCCGGUCCCCGAAGCCUGGUCGGACUGGCCGUGGGUGCAGCACACCUGCCCCGAUGGGCAGUACAACGAUUUAGCGACCCUCUGGCUGGGGCCGCCAGUUUUGAGCAUUCGCUCCCUGCUCUCAAUCGGCACCGAGCAGGAGCCCCUGCCUGCGGCCUGCACGGCAGGCGCCCCUUGCUACUACUCACUCGCCAGCAUAGCCGCAAUGUGCGCCGCCUACCUGCCGCUCUUUGCCCUCUCUGCCGCCCUGGCCAUCCCUGGGGGCCUCUUCAUGCCGUCGCUCUUGUUGGGCGGGGUCUGGGGCACCCUCUGCGGCUUUGCCCUCCGCGCCGCGCUCCCAGGCUGGGGCAUCCAGCCGGGGCUGUACACCCUGUGCAGUGCCACAGCCACGCUGGGCGGCGUGUUCAGGACCAGCAUCUCGCUGGCGGUGCUGAUGGUGGAGGCGACGGGCAGCCUUCGGCCGAUGUUUGGGAUCAUUGUGGCGGUGGUCGUCAGCAACCUGGUGGCAAUCGUGUUCGGGACCCAGGGGGUGUACGAGAGCGAGCUGGAGGCGCAGCUGCAGGUCAACUACCUCGCCCAGCAACCGCCCCGCAGGCUGCGCCGGCUGACGGCGGAGCAGGUGAUGAGCUCGCCGGUGGACGGGCUGCCCUGCGUGGUGCCUGCGGCGGCGGCCCAGAGCCUGCUGCGCUCCUCGGCGCACAACGGCUUCCCUGUGUACGACCCUCGCCACCGCGACCCGCAGGCGGGCACCUUCCGCUUGGAUGGCUUCAUCAUGCGCAGCCAGGUGGAGCUCCUGCUUCAGCAGAACGUGUUUUGUGACCAGCACGGCCGCUACCUGCACCAGCCGCGAAGCGUGGAGGGCUUUGAGCGCCAGGUGGCUGCCGCCAUGGCCGCCCGCCUGCAGCACCACCCCAGUGGCGGGCCCUCGCUGCUGCGGGCGCUGGCAGAGUGCGCUGCAAACGGCAGCAGCCAGCCGGGCCUGCUGACGCUGGCCGGCGGCAGCGCCGGGUCGGCGGCCCUGGCGGAGCAUCCGUCGCCCUUUGACAACCAGGCAAGUCUGAUCUGGGCUGCGGCCCAUGCCAGACCGCCAGCCUUGUCCCUGGCGUGGCACCCGCCGGCGGUGACGCCCCACAUCAACCUGGCACCCUACCUAAACCGUGCGCCGGCCACCGUGCGCCUGGAGACGCCUGCCACUCGCGUGCACGCCAUGUUUGUCAGCCUGUCCCUCAGGCACAUCUCGGUCGUCGAUGAGCGCAACUAUGCGCGCGGCAUCAUCACGCGGCGCGACCUGGCCCAUGCCGCCGGGUCCUGGCUGGGCAGGGGCAGCGGCGGCGUGCAGCAGGACAUUGCCAAUGGCCUCGACUCGCUGCUGGAGCGCCCGCUGCUGCUGGCCAGCGGGGCGCCCGUCUGA